AUGGAACAGCCAAAUCCGACGAUGACGAAUCAACCGAAUCGCACAAUGCCGCAGCAGGGAACCGAACCAGAGCCAAGAGUAGUUUGCGGUCUCCCAGUUGGGGGCGCUGUUGGGAUUCUCGGCUCAGUUCUAAUGAUCUGCCAGAUCUUCGGCCUAUUCUACCUAUCUCCAUUCAUGCUUUAUUUUUUCGAAAUCGCCAUCGGAUUCGCAAUGAUGUUCAUUCUCUCAGCAGGCGCAAAACGCCGAAAAAUCGCCUACAUCACUGCUUAUAUGUUGUAUAUUUCAAUGUACACCUUCUGGGUAUUUUUCCUAAUCCUUGGAGCCGUGAUGGCAACCGUAUGGUUCGUGGAUAACAACGCCAUCGAAAUGAUCGUCAUCUCUUGUUUUUUCCUAUCGAUUAGCAUUCUCGUUGCUCUCGUCCAAAUGCGAUAUCUCGUUAUUCUUUACAAUUUCCUUCGAAGGAAUACUUAUAGAAAUGCUCGUGCUCAUCACGGAAGCUUCAAUGUGCAAUAUAUAGUCCCUACACCAAUCAGUCCAAAUGGAAUGCCACCACCACCAAGAUAUUCGUCAAGAAAUCCUUCGAUGGUGGAUCCGACGCCUUCUCCGAUUAUUAAAACCCCUAUAGAUGUUGAGCAAGGGUCUUCGAAUAGAAAUAACACUACAAUUCCAGCAGUUACCGUAACAGACAUAUCUACUCCCCCUUAUAGUGUCGAAAACGAAGCAUUCAAUUUGGAGGACGAGCGUUCUCGAGCUCCAUCUCGACCUCCGGCCUACAGCGAAAUCGUCGAGAAUUCGACCAACCCUCAAACACCGUCAAACUAG